GGAACAGAAGAAAACGCGUGUGACUUUUAAAAGUUACGAUGCAAAGCAUUACCGUUUUAAGUUAUGUUAAGUAAGUGUUGCCAAUUUGAUUGGAUCUGCUCUUAUGCAGGGCAUUCCAAUAUUAUUCACAAUAAGAGAAAUGGUCACUGUAUAAAAAUCGUCGAAAUGAACGGGGCUAUUCUGCUGUUCUCGCUUCUGAUAUGCCUACUUUGCGCCCCGCUAAAUAGAUCACAGGAUAUUCUAAAACUAAAGAAACUAACCUCGGAUCUGGUAAAUGCCAUUGCAGAAGCUAAUUCUGGGAAAAAGUAUGGAACCGAAUGGGUUCCGGCCCUAGGAAGAACUUUGGAAGAGGUGCAUCGAACAUCAUCACGACGGUGUUUUAUGUUUAAAUUACUGGUCAAGAAAGUGGAAACCUUCUGCCCAAAGCCUCCCACAUAUUUCCCCACUUGCUAUCCAUCAUGCAGGCCACCCCCUUCUCCGCCUCCGGCACCGCCUCCACCUCCGCCUCCACCACCACCACCGCCUUCUCCAUCACCAACUCCAGCGCCUGUCAAAGAGUUCAUCGCUCCGCCUCACCCUUCCUUCGAGCUCGUCUACCCCGACGGCACCUACUUUCCCUGGUGCUACAUGCCCUUCUGCCCCACAAUUUGCCAGAGACCCUACUGCUAUCCCUGCAUGUUGCCCGACUGUGAUCCCAAUUGUGUCCCGCCAAUGUGCUAUCCACCCUGCACAUAUCCUGGCUGCGAAUUGCCGCCGACAUGCUGGCCACCCUAUUGUCCAGAUCCUUGCGUAGCUCCCAAAUGUAUUGCCGGAAACUCAUUCGGGGCAGCGCGGAGCUGUGUGCCACCCUACUGCCCACCGCCCAUGAAUUGCCAUCCGCCUUACUGCCCGAAGGUCUACAAGCCUGUGUCGGGCAGGACACUUAUAAGAACUGGUUCGUGCCCGAUGCGAGAUAUUGUGAAAAGAGCCGUUAGGUCUAAGUUUGGUUAAUAAUAAAGAUCACAUCUUAAAUGGAAAUUUGUGUUUCAAAUCCUGUGUUUAGGGAUGUUAAUAAAUAAAAAACCAAACAAAAAUAAUAAAUAAAGGUUUGUUGUGUUACAAGAGGCCCAACUAUCCCAGUACUUGCCGGCCACCCUACUAUUUGGAUAUGUUCUUUCCAAAAAAGUCUAGCCACAUCAUUGUACCUGUUAAUCGUAG